AUGACAUCGCUGAAACUCCGGCAACAGCAUACAGUACGUAUUGAUGCGAUCAGCUAUACUGGAACCUUGGCCUUCAACAUCUGCGCCUUCAUACUGCCUGCUCUCUAUGGAACACUCAGCAAACUCUGGAUCGCCAACAUCGAUUCAUCUAUGGUUGUGACCACUGAUGUCUAUACCUAUAUCGGAGUAGUCGCCGAAGUUCUCAACGAAGGCCUUCCUCGAGCAUCCUGGUUGAUUAUUGGAGACAGAGCGAAUAGAUCCAUCUCUGCAAGAUACAGUCUCUCGUUCACUUUGAUCAUAUUCCAGAGCAUCCUCGGACUGAUCAUGUCGAUCGCUUUUGUGGGCGCCGCCAAACAGUUUGCGAGCGGUUUUGUACCCGUAGACGUACGCGCAGCUUCUCUGACGUACAUUCGCAUCUCAGCGUUUUCGGCUCUAUUGUCGGCCAUCGAAACAGCUGUUUCUACCAGUACCAGAGCUCUCGACAAGCCUGAUGUGCCUCUGAUCAUUUCCACAGUCAAGUUCUUGAUCAACAUCGUUCUUGAUCUAUUGAUCAUCUCCAAGGUUCAUGUCGGCAGCUUCACACCUACAGUCAACAUGCAGGCGGCCACUCAACUGGCUUGCAAUAUGGCUUCUGCCUUCUUCGGUCUUGCGUACUUCUGCUUGAUCACUUUCAGGAUGGAUCAGCAGCGACUUGCGACACGUCAGCAUGAGCCAGUGCGACCUAGUAUCGCAUGCUUGAAGACACUGGCAAGACCUGGUGUUUUGACAUUUACCGAGUCUGCCAUUCGGAACGCUCUGUAUCUCUGGCUGGUCAAUGGUAUCGUAGCAAUGGGUAAUGACUACGCGACCGCGUGGGGCGUGUUUUCCUCCAUGCGUUGGGGUCUAAUAAUGGUUCCAGUUCAAGCGCUCGAAGCAACAACAUUGACAUUCAUCGGCCAUGCCUGGGGAGAAUGGAGAAGAGAGACCGAUGGCGAGAGAAAACCCAGAGCCUCACGACGCCAACUAUAUCACAUAACGCGUCCAGCUCUAUGGUCUUGUCUCAUCGCACUAGCCGUCGAGAUACCCCUUUGCAUCUUCAUGUUCGAGUACGGAGCUCGACGCUUCGCCUUCUACCUCUCCGAAUCCCAAACCGUCUCCCUGAUCACUGCAAGAAUGUGGCGGACCAUCGAUUGGUGCUACAUCUUCUAUGCUUUAUCCACACAACUGGCGGCAAUUCUACUCGCGACUCGUCCUCGAUGGUAUCUUUAUCAGAGUCUGAUUUCGAACUUGCUGUGGGUUUUGCCGUGGGCGAUUGUGGUGAGUAAGGCACAUAUUACACCGAAUGAUGCUUGGACAUACCAUUCGAUUGUGUUUGGUGGAUCGCUUGUUUUUAGCUUCUUUGAUAUCUUGAUUGUGGACUUCGUAUGGGUGUGGGCGUUGUUGAGAGGGAGGAUGAGGUUGCCGAAGAUUUACUGA